CAAAACACAAACACACACCACCAAGCCACAAGAAGAGGAGGAGGAGGAGACACCAUCAGCCAGCGCCUUACCACAACACCACACACACACCACACACACACCACACCACACACCACACACCACAGAAAUCAAUUACCUCCUGGCUGAGAGUGGCCUGUACCCGCACGCCACGCACACACACACACACGCACACACACACGCACACGCACACACCCCAUACACCAAAACACACACCAACACUACAGGAUUGGCUCUAAAUGCCGUCACGCCCCCUAGGAAGCCGCCUAAUGCAACACCCCUGCCUCCGCCCCCCGCCCCCAACAGUAAGGUCCCCCCCAAGAACCCCCCAGGACUCCCCAUGCCAGCCGAGCCAGUGCCUAUGAGCUAUGUGGAGGGGGGGGCAGGAUCUGGGGGGGUGGGGUCUUGGAGAUAUGACCCCCUCGCCUCGCCGGAUUGGGACAGCGCUGGGACCCCCGGCGCCCUCUGUACCAGGAGGGUGAAAAAGGACCUUAGCACAAUCUUCACCGAACCACUGCCAGGAAUAUUCGCUGUCCCACAAGAUGACAACCUCUUCUUGGUCCACUGCCUCAUCGUUGGACCGUUCGACACGCCUUAUGAGGGAGGGUUCUUUCACUUCGUGGUUCGCUUCGGGCCACGCUAUCCCAUACACCCCCCCAGGGUCCGCCUCCUUACCACAGGGGGCGGCAAAGUCCGGUUUAAUCCGAAUUUGUAUAAGAAUGGAAAAAUUUGUCUCAGUAUCCUUGGAAUCCCCGUGAUGAUCAGGUAUAAGGGCUCCACCAACUCAUCCUCUCCUAUACCCGUGGACAGUGACGGAGGGACGUGGCGUGGUCCUGCCUGGAGUCCUGCCGCCAACCUGUCCAGCGUCCUUCUCUCCCUACAAAGCCUGCUUAAUGAGAACCCUUACCACAAUGAACCAGGGUUUGAGCAGGAACGCAACACUGGGGACUCAAAUCGCUACAACACGGUCAUAACACACGAGACAUUGAGAGUGGCAGUGGUCGAGCAGCUGGAAAACCUCUCUAACCCUCCCACUGCUCCUACUACUGCUGCUGCUGCUACUACUCCAGCCGCCGCCGCCGCCACAGCCGCCGCCGCCGCCAGCCAGGUCCCCCCAGAGUUGAAAAGGGUGAUGGAGACCUCUUUCCUGGAGUAUUUUGAUCACUAUAGCGAAGUUUGUUUGGCCAAUAUACACAAGGACGGGUCGCUUAUGGAGGACCCGUUUGGUGAGAUCCGAGGGCGGUUCUCCUACUUACAAAUCCUCAAACGCCUUCGUAGACUGAGGAACAAAUUGAAGACCACUAUUUUGUCACAGCCUACUGAUAAAAGCCCUUUGACUUCUGAGAGCGAGGAGGAAGAGGAGGAGGAGGAGGAUAGUGGUAGUGGUGCUGUGAGUAGUGGUGGUGCUGUGUGAGGAGGAGGAGGAGGAGAGAGAGAGAGAGAGAGAGAGAGAGAGAGAGAGAGAGAGAGAGAGAGAGAGAGAGAGAG